UUUUAUCCACUUGUUAACAAACAGGGGGCCAAAACCAGAAAUCCCAAAUAAAUCGUACAAAUAUUUUCAAAUUCGUCAAACUUUUUCAACCGGAAGAAAAAGAAACCAGCGAUGGGGAAAGCGUCGGGAGCGAAGCAAGCGGCGGUGGUGUUCGGAGCCCUAGCCGUCGGCUGGCUGGCCAUAGAGCUCGCCUUCAAGCCCUUCCUCGACAAGGCCCGCGCCGCCAUGAACAAGUCCGACCCGGCCCACGAUCCCGACGAAGACGACGCCGUCAGGGCCACCGAGGCCACCGUCAAAGCUGCCGAUACCGCCGCCGACGAAGCUUCUGGAACUCUGUAAGGUAGCAGACUCCGAACACUACUACUACUACUAGUACAAUCUACCGAAUGGAUAGGCAAUAACACUGUAGAUUUUGGAAUCUUUGAAUUCGAAAAUUGUUGGAAUUGACGAAAUUACUGGCUGGCCGGUCAACUUUUUGA